AUGGGUACGUUUGUGACCCUGGCAGAAGUGUUGGAGGCCCGGGGUUCACCACUGGAUGAGGAUGAGGUCUGGUGUCUGCUGCUCGCCACCACUGAGGCUCUGCUGGACAUCUCCAAAAAAGGUUCAGGCAACAUGUGCAGUGUGCUAAGCCCAGGCUCGAUGCUGCUGUCAGCCAAUGGGAGUCUGGCCUUCAAGAGCUGCGUGCGAUACGAAGACGUGGCCUCCUUCACGGCUCCUGAGGUCCAGCACUCUCACGCAGCCUCCACCAGGACUGCACUUGAAAAGAUGGUCGUGUACUCACUGGGGAUGACUCUGUACUGGUGCGUUGAUUAUCAUCUACCUCAUAAUCAGCCGGUCCAGCUGAGUGCGGAGCUGGAGGGUUUGCUGCUGAGUAUGUGUGAGGACAUGCUGGUGAGAAGGACCAACCUCCUGACGGUGCUGGAGAUCUGUGAGCUUCACCACAAGGCCGCGAUGCUGCCUCCUGCUGAACGCCUCAUUAGACAGCUGGUUGAAGACGUCUACAGAAACUCGGUUGAUCAUGUGUCCUUGGCUGAAAAUGGAUCCCAGCUAACAGACCGCAGUCAAAUGGUCAGAGACAGAUUACACAGGGGCUCUUUCAGUUACUCAUCAUGGGCGCUGAAGAAGAAGAUUUCUAGAACAUUCUCAGGAGCGUGUUAUCCCUCCGAUCCCACAGGGAUUCCCUCGGGAGGUCGACACAGAGAGAGUUACGGCAGCUGGCAGCAGCUGAACCGCAGCCCUUGUAGUCCAUACAUGGAUGGUAAUCGUAACGCCAACUUCAGAUCCCUCGCGCAGUUUGAGUCCACAAUGAGUCUGAAUGACAAGAAAGCCAAGGACGUGGGCCCGGAGUUUAUCAGAAUGUUAGAUGAGCCGCUGGUUGUCUUAGAGCUGCCUGGAUCCAUCGUGUCAAAGAAAGGGAAAUCUCCAACCACCCAGAGAGAGCUGAGUGUGGUGAUGCCAAACAGUCAGAGGAUCCUGGUCAAGUGUGAAGUGAAAUCCAGAGGAGGAGACGUCUUUGACAUGAUUGUGGCUCACUCCAACCUGAUGGAACAUUUCUACUUUGGCCUUGCUUAUAUUGAUGAUAAUGAGUAUUUCUUCGUGGACAACGACACCAAGAUUUCCAAAGUUGCUCCAGAUAGCUGGAAGAAAGUGCCUACAGCCACCUUUGUUCUUUUCUUCAGGGUCAAAUUCUUUGUCAACGACAUUUCACUUCUUCUGCAGAAACAGACCCGCCACCAGUAUUACCUGCAGCUCAGGAGAGACCUUUUGGAGGACAGGCUGUCCUGCCACGAGGAGACAGCUUUGUACCUGGGGGCUCUGGCCCUGCAGACGGAGUAUGGAGACUGCAUGCCUGAGGUGUAUGGUAGGAACUACUACCGCCCUGACCAGUAUGUCUCCAAAAGUGUGAUGGAGAAACGUGCCUUGCCUUACGUUCAGGAGGAGCUGCUACGACUUCAUACCAACAACGCUCAGAUGCUCAGUGACGAAUCAGAGCUCGAGUUCCUCAAGGGGUGUCAGCAGUUGCCUGAAUACGGCGUGUUGUUCCACCGUGUGAUGCGUGAGAAAAAGCCUUCAGAGGGAGAGAUUAUCCUCGGGGUUUGUGCCAAAGGACUCAUCGUCUUUGAGAUUAAAGAUGGCUGCAGAUCCACCAGUCAGACUUUCUACUGGAGGGAGACGGCAACCAUCUCCUCUAACAGGCGUAAAUUUGUAGUCGAGAGCCGUGGCAGCAAGAAGAAGUACAUCUUCAUCACAGAAAGGUCGAAGAUAGCCAAAUACCUCUGUAACCUGUGUUCAGCCCAGCACAAGUUCAACAAUGAGAUGAACUCUCGCCAGCUCAGCCAGAGCCUGGUCUCAGAGUCGAACAUCGUGCAGUACGCAGCUGUGUGUCGUGCUCAGAGCAGCCGGCUCAAGUCCUUCUCGUGCUCGGAGACACCACAGGAUGACAGCGGUCUGAACACGCCUCAGGAUGAGUCCCUAACCAAGCUGUGUGACGACAUCGCAGCCAGGAUCGAGGCUCGCGUCAAACAGCAGCGCCAGAGCCUCAACGAGCAGAGCACCUGCUCCAGCAGUCAGCGCAGCAGCACUGGUAUACGUUCCCCAGCGUUCUCUCAGAGGAGUGGAUCUGAAGCCCCGUCUGGUUCUCGAGAAACACCAACUAAAACGGGGUCAUCGUCAGAGAGAGAAGUCUUAUGUGUUACCUUAAAGAAAGACCCAAAGUUUGGCCUCGGUAUAGUGAUAGUGGGAGAGGACACUGUGGGCCGUUAUGAUUUGGGCAUCUUUAUUGCUUCCAUUGUGCCUGGUGGACCAGCUGAUAAGGACGGACGCAUCAAACCAGGUGGUCGUCUGAUCUCUCUGAACCACAUCAGCCUGGAGGGCGUCACUUUUAGCGAGGCAGCAGAGGUCAUGCAGAGCAGCCCUGAGGAGGUGCAGCUCAUUAUCUCACAGCCAAAAGUCUCCGUCAGUCCCAACAGCGUGCGCUCCCCUGUGCUGAGGAAUUGUGACUCCCAGGCCACGCUGAUGACAUAUGCCCAAUCAGGGGAGGACAACCUUGAUGAGAUGGUUUCAGUCAUGAUGACGCCGAAGACCGGCAACAGGCUGAACGUCCCCUGUGAAGUCCGAGGCCUCAGCGCCCAGGACAGCUGCUCUCUGUCUCCCCCUGUAAACUGUGCGAAGCUGGAGGAGAUCACUGUGGAGCUCAGCAAGGUCGCAGGAAGUCUGGGCAUCAGCAUCACUGGUGGCGUCAACACUAACCUUCCUAAUGGAGGAAUCUACAUCAAGAGCCUCGUCCCCGGAGGGGCUGCUGAGAGAGACGGACGUGUACAUACAGGUGACAGAGUGUUGGAGGUGGAUGGGUUCAGCUUCCAGGGCUUCACCUAUCAGCAGGCUGUGGACUGUCUGAGUAAAACUGGAGAGGUGGUAGGCUUGGUUGUGGAGAGGGAGCUGAUGAACGUGCGUCGGGUUUCUCUCGGUGCAGACAACAGAGGCGGCGUGUUCAGUCAGAGCCCCGGUCCAGCUAGCAGCCAGCCGAGACAAAACAGCUGCUCGUCCGUCAGCACCUCUCCAAACGCCAACAGUGAGCGGGCCAGGGAAUACAGCUUUGUCACUGAUGACAACAUCCAGGAGGUGACCCUGACCAAGAACGCCAAUGGGCUAGGCUUCAGCUUCCUCAUGUGCGAGCUAGAUCCGCCCACUCGGGACUUUGGCAGCCUGGUCCGGAUAAAGCAGCUUUUCCCGGGCCAGCCGGCUCAGCAGAGCGGCAGGAUCCAGGAGGGAGACGUCCUGUUGGCCGUGAACGGCCAGUCAGUCAAGGAGCUGUCCUAUCCGAAGGUGCUGAGGCUGUUCAAGACUUCACCACCUGAGGUUCAACUGACUCUCUAUCGGCCUGCCCCCGGGAUCCUGCCUUCCAUCGAUCAGCUCACUGGCACAUGAGUGAUGUUGGACCGACGGAGAAGCGGCCGAUGAGGCUGUUCCGAUCAGAGCGCAGGAGCAUUAAGCUGAUCUUAUCAAUCGAUGCAAACCCUGCAGAAAGACACUGGGACGUCUAGUUAAUGCUGUGCAGUAAAACAGAGGGAUAAAUCUUACUCAACAUGCUGAGACCUGACAUGAUGCGACUCAGGGCGACACAGCAUGACGUGGCAGACUGAAGAAACCAACAUGGACCAGGAAAGCACUGAGGGUGGUAGUAGUUUGUGAAACCCUGAAGGCUUGUGAAGAGACUAGCUGGAUAAAAAGGAAAGCAAAACUAAAGAAAUUCGGAUGACAAUAAAAGAGGAAGAAAGAGUUUUGCAAGGACACAAAAACAUUACAGAUAUGCAGAAUACCACUGAGAAUGCACUUGUUUACUAAAUAAGCACUUCACUUGUAUGUAGAAAUACAUGACAUAAAAACUGUGAAUGCCAUUUUUAUAUCA